CAAGCCUUAGUAUUUUUUUAUAUUGUUUAAUUGUUCUUGAAACAGGCAAAUAAACUAGAUUGGUGAGUAAUUUAUGCCACAUCUGUUUAAGGCAAUCAUGGAAGCUUUAGGGGACCGUCUCAAGUUGAUGGUGAAGACCUUCAGGAGGGAGAGCCACAGACUUCUACAGUCAGAGAGGACCACCAUUCAUGGAGCUGACGACAUGCUGACGACGCUGCAGCUGGCCAUGGCAGAAGUUAAUAAGCAGCGUGGCGGAGAGUUCAGAGUGGCUCUGAGCGACGUCCUGUUGGCCUGGAAACACUUAUUGUUAGGCAAACUCCACUUGCCACCCCCCAGCUCUGCACACUUUGAGAACUAUGAUCUCAUCCUGGAGGCGUAUGACUCUGUCCUGAAACACUCCAACGCCGUCGAUCUGGUUGACGUCCUCUCCAUGUACAAACAGCUGAGAGUAGUGGGCUCUGACCCAGAGGAGCCUGUGAGCCCGAUCCAGCUGUUUGAGUUUCUAACGGGUAAUGUCGAAGUCCCAGAUUUGUCAGACUCAUCAGUCACUUCAACGCCAUCUAGUAGAAGCAGGUCUUGCAGCUUACAGGUCAAAAUGGCAGUGAGACGAGUUUUCUGCUCCUACCUGAGUUUGCUGGUAAACUCCAAAAACGACAUGGCCUUGGCGCUCACCCUCGAUGUCCCGACUCGCUCUCUUGGACGGCAGGCAUUUACUGACAUCAAGCAUGCUGCGUACGACAGCAAAACCUCUCUCUUCUUAGCUGUGACCUCUUUUAUAAGAGCCAUCCAGCUCGGAGGGAAGGGUUACGCUCCAGCAGAGUCCGAUCCACUCAGGAAACACAUCAAAGGCCUGUCCGACUAUGUCCAGUUUCUAGACAACCUGGAAGAAAUACUGGGGGAAAUUCCCGACCCGAGUGCUUGUGGAGCCAGGCUGCUGGCGGCCAUCAGGGCGGCGCUGUUAAAGGGACGCAGCAGUGGAGAUGCCGUUUGCGCUGCAGCAGAAGACGUUACAACAGAGCUGAAGGAGAGGAUCUUCCAGCUCCAUCAGAUCCAGAAACGUGCUGCAAACGAGUGUGGGACCGGGAUAAGUCCUGCCAGGCCAAAAGCACAUGCCGUCAAUCAUGCCACUGCGUACGGAGGUCGAGACACUGUGAAGGUGCUCAAGGCGCUGCUUGAUGAAGAAGCGCUGGUUCCUCCAUGUCCAAACAAGGCGGACCUUCUGUCUGAGGACCAGCCUGUCCUCUGUGGAGCUGAGGGAACCUGCAUCCUCAUGCUGUUCAGAUCCCCUGAAGUGUCUACUGGAUGUUCUCCAGAACCCCUGAGGAACAGAGCCCAGAGUCGACUCAACCUGCUCAAACCCAAGCCCAGAGACAAGGUAAUACGAUCCCAGUUUGCCUGCACAUAUAAAGAUGAAGAGCUACCACUCAACCGGGUCCUGGACUUCCCAAGCACCAGCCAGAUGCCUACCUGCAUGCACCCAGCACCCAAGCUAAAAACCAUUCUAGACGUGGUUGACGGGAUCAGCCUGGAUACGGAAGAAACAACCACAGCCAAGUUGACCCGUGACCACUGGAAAAAAGAGGCACAGCAGGAGACUCUCAGGCAAAGAAGUGGAAACGCUCAACACGAAGGUGCCGGUCCAAGGUGUAAAAGGAAAGCUAGCGAUCAGAUGCAGAACAGGGGUAACAAAAGGAAGCAGAAGGAUUCUGAUCAGCCCAUUGGAUCUGAGAAUGAACCUCCAGAGAAGAAACGGCACACUCAUGUGUCAAUCAAAGUUCCCGGCAAAAAUGUCAGCAAGACCUCAAAUAAAAAGAAGCUAAUAGCCGGACAGGCAAAGCUAACCAGCUUCUUCAGGGUUUAG